AUGAGGAUUCUCACUUGGAACGUGAAUGUCUUGCGGACAUGUAUGGACUACCACCCAUUCUCGUCGAUGAAGAAACGGAAUGUGGAGGGACUGCUAGAUGAGCUCGGCGCCGAGAUCUUCUGCUUCCAGGCAGAGCACAAGACUCGUCGGCCCACUUUGGAGAAGUCUAUGGCCUGUCCGGGACCCUAUGACGGCUUCUGGACCUUCCCGCGCAAAGGCACCGGCUACUCUGGCGUAUGCACAUUCGUCGACUCGCGGUAUUGCGUGCCUCUGAAGGCGGAAGAAGGAAUCACUGGUCUCCUGCUGGAUGACAAGGCAAGCACGAUGCGGCCGGCGUGGACGAUGGAGGAGCGCAUAGGAGGAUAUCCCGAGGUGGAGGGGAUGAGCUGGGUGGACGAGGAAGGAGCGGGCGCUUUCGAUGUCAAGAGGCUGGACAUGGAGGGGAGGGCUGUGAUGUGUGACUUUGGCCUGUUCAUCCUCUUCAACCUGUACUCGCCAAACGAAACCAACGACACUCGCCGGCCGUACAAGAUGAACUUUCUUCACGCCCUUCAAGAACGUGUCCGCCUCCUCAUGGCCUCCGGACGCGAAGUCAUCAUCGCCGGUGAUCUCAAUAUCGUCCGCGCUCCUAUCGACUCGGGCGAGGGCGGGAUCCGCUCGUCUGCGGAACAGCACUACGAGCAUCCCGCGCGCGUGAUCUUUAACGAUUGGAUCGCGCCGAGGGGUCCUAUGGUGGAUGUGGUCAGGGAGAGCUUUCCGGACAGGGACGAUAUGUUUACGUGCUGGAAUCAGAAGUUGGACGCCAGGCCGUCCAACUAUGGCUCCCGGAUCGACUAUAUCCUCUGCUCUCCCGGUCUCCGUCCCUGGAUCAAAGGCGGCGAUAUCCUCAACAAGGUGUACGGCUCGGACCACUGUCCCGUCUAUAUCGACCUUCACGAGGAGAUCGACCAUCCCACUCUCGGCCCGCUCAAGCUCAGGGACAUGCUCGAUCCGCCGAACAGAACUCCGUCGACCGCCCCGGUGUAUCCGAAUGACGUACCGAGGGAGGCGCCAGAACCGCCUCGGUUCGCUACCAAGUUUCUGGAUGAGUUCUCGGGGAAGCAAACGACGCUGAAGAGCUUUUUUGGGGGAGGGAAGAAGGUGGAGAAGGAGGAUAAGGGAAAGGAGGCGAAGGCGGAGAAGGCCAUGGCUCAGGGUAGCGAUAGGGCUGCGGGGGAGGCACCGGCGCAGGUGCUCCCGCCCGUCAAGAAGGUGGAGGAGGCACCUUCUGCGCCUUUUGCUCUUGCUCGGGCGGCUUUUGACUCGCUGGACCAUUCCAUCGGAUCGGCGGAAAGUUCGAGCUCGGGUCGGAAACGGUCGACCACCUCAGCCAGUAUCGACCUGACCAGCGAGGACGAUAUCGAGAUGCUGCCGUCUGCCUCACGCUCGAACAGCGCCAGCGCCAGCGUAGGUCUGAGCAACGGCCGGCCAUCACUCCAAGCCACCAAAAAGCCGAGCAAGGAGCCAACCAAGUCCAAGCCAAUUACCAAGAAUGGCAAGGCAGGAGCUCCCGCCCAAGCUAGCAUCUCAUCCUUCUUCGCCCCUCCUCCCAAACAACGCUCCGUCUCCGCUUCCUCUCCACCUCGCUCGACGAAACAACCUUCUCUACCCCUAUCUACCACGUCGACCUCCCAAACCUCUUCUAUCGCCUCUUCCUCCCGCACUACCGCAACGCCUCGCCAGACCUACCCGGAGGACGACGCGGCCAUAGCAGCCGCCAUCCUCGCUGCGGACAACGAGCGCUCUUCCGCGCGCGACGCGAAAAAAGCGGAAGUGGCGCCAAUAUGGAACAACCUCUUUGCGAAGAAGUUGCCGCCUAUGUGCAAUGUGCAUAAUAAGCCAUGUAAAGACUUUAUCGUCAAGAUACCGGGACCGAAUAAGGGCAAGAGGUUCUGGCUGUGUUCAUUACCGGUCGGGGCGGGGUAUGAUACGGGAAGGACAAAGCGGAAAAGGGAGGAUGUCAAUCCGGAGUUUAGGUGUGACUUCUUCUUGUGGGAUUCAGCCAACUCGCGGAAGGAGAUACCUCAGAGUUCGCCGAAGGGAUCGGGCUGA